AUGGACGAGGCCGAGCUUGAUGGCAAUAUUGAGGAAGAGGCCUUUGAAGAUUCUUCGUAUCAGGCAUGUUAUAUCUAUCGGUUCGGCUACAAACACCAUGCCGGUUCAAACGAGCGUCCAAGCAAGAAACGAAGGCUGAAUGCGUCAACAACACCAGCCAAUUGUCUCAAGCUGUCUACAGAGAAUGACUCCGAAAGACUUGCUGCAACACGUCAGCGACUGUUCGAGGAAAUUUGGACUCGACAAGCAGUCCAUUUUAGGGACAACAACGUGGACCGUAAGAGUCUGAAACAGCUUUCCGCUUUCCUUGCCAGUGUCUCGCUUCAGAGUAACACAGAACGUUUACCGACUGCGCUUCUGCUCACGGGACUCGAUGCGACACACUAUAAUGCAGUCUUGAGCGCACUCACCACCGAGGUGUAUGGUCACCACGAUGCGGAGUUUCGUACACAAAAACUUGUCGUCAACCUUCAGUCAAGCCAAUGCCCGAAUCUGCAAACCGCGCUGAAGAACGUUAUCAAACUCUCGAUCAGCGAGUACAGUGGCAAUGAUGCGUAUACCGAUUUCUUAACCAAGCACAAACGCCUGCUUCCUUUGAAUUUUGACUUGGAGCUCCUUCAGCAAUUCUGUACCAACAAUGAGCUCUCUCAGGUCGUUGUUUCUCUAGCAAACGUCGAGACAUUCGACGCUCAAGUACUAAACGAGCUGGUGUCUACACUUCGUUUCUGGCUAGGAAGAAUACCGUUCGUUCUGGCCCUAGGCAUCACAAGCACGAAAGAACUCUUUGAGAGUCGGCUGUCCAAGACUUGCCUCAAGUUGAUACGAGCAAGAUCUUUCAAUUUCGCGCCGCAUGCCAGUCUUCAUAGCGACAUCUUGCGAUUACUGCAACAACCUCAUUCCGAUACACAACAUCCACUUCUAGGUCCGAACAUAAUAUCCACUCUGAAUGAUUUGGAACAAAGUCAGGGUUUCUCAGCACAAUCGCUCAGUAGAGUUCUCAAAGUUAUCUACUUGUCGCACUUUCUGGUCAACCCCAUCUCUAUCUUCUGUCACGGAGGAGAGGUAUUGCUUGCAGAAGAAGAGACUCGAUAUAUAGCGAGAGCAGCUCGGAGAACCGAUUCCUUCCAAUCUCAUUGUGAUGACUUGUUAGCAAAGACAGAUGAAUCGGCGAACGCUAGAGUACGGGCGUUGUUGGAGGACGACAAGUACCUCAUUCAGGAAGUCAUGAAAGAGGUCUCUGCGAUGUCAAUUAAAUAUAGUUCCGCAGUCUCUCUAAUUUCUUUUCUUGCAGAUUUAUACGAUGCUCUCAGUCCACAGCAUUCCAGUCUGCGAAGGCCGAAGCUCGAAGUCGAAGCUCAGCUGUAUCACACUAUGCAUGAUCUCAGUGACUGUGCUGUCUACGACGAGCUGGAAAGCUGCAUUAAAUCCACAACACUCGAAAAGCUGCUAAGAGCCUUAAAGAUUCUAAGAAUGAAGCAGAUCGCAACCACAGUCACUCCAGACCUCAAUCAAGCGAUUGAAGAAUGCGAAAGACCAACAUUGCCAUACAGAGACGGUGCAGCUGCUGUCAAUGGUGGCGAAACUCAAGAUAGUCUUCCAGCACAUCAAAGGGCGCACAACAAACCCGCGAAGACCACGAAGACAUCGAAAUUGGUCACCAAUGGUUCGACGCAAACAGAUUCGAUUUUGGAAAGGGUAUGGGUCAUACUUACUUCGACAUUACAGCAGGCUUCAUUCGACGUCUCCUCCGUGCUUCUACAUGAAGCCUUCAUCUUGUCGACUCGUGCAAUCCGCAUCAGGCAGACUUUAGAGCCCCAGCCACGUACGGCGCUCGAGCGAGCAUUGCUCAAACCAGGGGACUACCUCGGCUGCGAGUGCUGCUCUGCGCGUGGAGCUCGAGACCAAGCUGAAGCAGCUGAGGACGAAGAACAAAACAGUCGUAAGGUUACACAUGGUGGACAUAUGCCCCCGGCAUGUAUCCUGUUCAAUCUGCUGCAGGAGGCGCCUACAAUCAUCAAUGUACGGGAUCUUUUCGACGCCUUCAGAUCCCGUUUCGAACCUGUCAAGGACUCAAAUAAUACACCUGUCCUCGAAGGCGAAGAUACUGUAUCGAGAGCAACAAUGGCACAGUUCUAUCGGACAUUGACUGAGCUGAGGAUGAUCGGUCUCAUCAAGGCAAGCACAGGCCUGCAAAUCAAGAAACGGAUAAGCAAAGCCUCAAAGUCAGCCACGCAAGAGAUUGACUUUGUUGCCAAAACCAGCUGGGCCGGCCUUUGA